AUGGACCUCCCGACGCCAAGAGAGCUCGAGCUCGAGACCCUCCUGCGCCAGCGUGACGCGCAGGUGGCCGAGCUCACCGAUGAGGUCACGCAUCUCCGCCAAUUCCUCACCAACCAGCCGCCCCCCUCCGCCACAGAGCCCAUCACUAUUCCUCCAGCACUCAUGUCCGUCCUCCUCCCCCACCUCAACCAACGACCACAUACACCCGCCGCAGCAUCCGGCUCCGUCACCACCGCCCUCAUCCAGAGGGCCAAGAUUUUGCAAGAAGAGAACGACGAGCUAUACGAGCUUCUCAAGACCGGAGAAACGGGGAGGUUGAAGGAGGACGUCCGUGUCCUCAGGCGUGUCGUUCAGAAGCUCGAGGGGGCCUUGAGAGGUGCGUCGCUCCCCGUAUCGCCCACCAAGUACGACGUUCAAGCUGCCGGCUCGCCCCAGAAUCCCACCAAGUCAUCGCAUCCCUAUCCACCGAGGUCGACAAGUCCCAGGACGCGCUCCUCCACGCCCAAGGGCGUCAAGUCGUGCCCUCCCCGGCGCCUCGGGGCCCCACCCGCCCCGUCCGCGAACGGCAGCGGGAAGCUACCGCCUACCGGGCCCCGCGCGCACAAAAAGCCGCGGCUCUCCGACAUGCAGAAGUCGCCCACCGGGCCCUCCCCGCCGCUCCCGAUCCCGACCAAGCCGCACCUCUCCGCCGCGAACGCGACCGUGCCCCGCGGCGGCUCGCGCGACUCGCGCGUCUCGAUGGACCGCAAGGUGAGCACCGGCGAAGGGAACGGCGCGGGCGUCGGUGGCGGCAUGGACGUCGACGACGACAGCCGCUCGUCGCGUCCCCGCUCGCCCGCGCGCGAACGCGACCGUCCGCCCCACCGGGACAGGGACCGCGAGAAGGACCGGGAUCGGGACAGGGAGCAUACCCGGAACCGGGACAGAGAGCGCGAGAAGGAUCGCGACCACGACCACGAGCGGUCGUCGCGGCGUCGCCGGCGAGGAGGCCAGCGGAACGGCAAGGACCCGUCCCUGAACCCGAAUAACAUCGAGCUCGGAGACCGCGACCAGUCGCUGGCGGCGCGGAUGGGACUCUAA